AAUCUGUUGCUUCCAGGAGCCAAUCCGAGGUUGUAUGCAUUCAUUUUGACUUGUCGUUAGCUUAGUUGGUCACGGGUGAAUGACGAACAGCCUCAACUAGAGGGCUAUAGUGAAGCUUUUAUGACUGCGGUACUUAACGUUGUGAGUGUGGGGAACCAUGGUGUUAGCAAAGUAAGCUGUCUUCAUAUGCGCGCUUCUUCUAUAGAGGUGAAAUGGGCGCUCAUGGCAAUUUGAGCCCUUUACGGCCAUAUUCCUGCUGGAUAUUCUGCUCUAACGUACCCUCCUUCAAUAUACUUCGUCUUGCUUUUUCCUUUCGACCUCCUGUCUUGAUUCAAUAGACACCAUGGCAAACAAGAAAAAGUCGCAACAGAAGAAAAGGCAGCAGGCAAAGGCCGCUGAAGCUGCUCAAUCGUCUACCCCGAAUGGCUCCGUGCCACCGAUUCCGGUAGAAUCACACGAAGACGACGAAGUCAUGGAGGUCGAGCCUCCAACACCUCAACCUCCCGCACCUUCGGAACCAGUAGACCCUAUCAAAGCGGCAGAGAAGGUGAAGGAAGAGGGUAAUACCGCGUUCAAAGCCUCGCGCUUCCAAGAUGCAAUCGACCUAUACACUAAAGCCAUUGAGCUCAACCCCCUGGAACCCACAUACUUUACAAAUCGCGCUGCGGCUCAUAUGGCUUUAAAGCGUUUCAAGCCAGCCUUGACCGACUGUCAACAAGCUGCCUCUCUGCAAUCUGCAUCACCCUCACCAAAGACACUUGUCCGACUAGCUCGGUGUCAGCUUUCUACAGGUUCAACAGCUCCUGCGCUCUCCACGCUUCGUGCUGUCCUAGCAAUCGAUCCCAAAAAUACCGCAGCGCUACAACUGCAGAAGAAAGUCAACGAAUUGGAGACCCAUCUCAGGAACUUUGAAACUGCAAAAGGAAAGAAGGAAUGGGGGAUGGCGAGAUUAUCGUUGGAUAAGUGUGUACAAGCUAUUGAGAGUGAGGGUGGAGAUAUUCCGACACAAUGGAGGCUCUGGAAGGUGGAAUUGGAGGUUGCAAAGGGUAACUGGGAUCAGGCCGGUAUCGCUGCCAACGACGCUCUGCGGUCAGAACCCAAUUCACCAGAUGUUCUUACACUUCGUGGUCUCAUCCUGUUCCUUUCGACAAAGACGAUGUCUGCCUUGCAGCACGUGUCUUCCGCGCUCCGGUUGGAUCCUAGCUACGUACCUGCCCAAAGAUUACGAAAACGGAUAAAGGACGUCGAUCGGCUGAAAGAAGAGGGCAAUAUUGCAUUCAAAGCUGGUCGGCUACAAGACGCAAUUGAUAAAUACUCAGAGGCUCUGGAGCGCGUGGGCGAGAAAGAGGACGAGGGCAAGGGUGGGCACAUUCGUGCUAUGCUCCUGUCUAAUCGUGCCACAACACUCGUCAAGCUUGAACGAUGGGAAGAUGCUCUCGCGGACACAGAAGCUUCCCUCGCUUUGAACUCUGGUUCAUUCAAAGCUCUCCGUACACGUGCCCGUAUCAACGUUCAACUCGAGCAAUACGACGCAGGUAUUGCGGAUUUCAAGAGCGCGAUCGAACAAGCUGAGUUUGAGGGAAACGAUGCUGAUGUUAGGGCGUUACGGGCGGAGCUGAAGAAAGCCGAGGUUGCAUUGAAGAGGAGCAAAUCGAAGGAUUAUUACAAGAUCCUAGGCGUGUCGAGAGAGGCGACUGAGGUGGAGAUCAAGAAGGCGUAUAGAAGGGAGAGUUUGAAGCAUCAUCCAGACAAGGGUGGUGACGAAGAGAAGUUCAAAUUGGUCGUUGAAGCUCACUCCGUCCUCUCGGAUUCUAUGAAGCGGGGGAGAUAUGAUAUGAUAACGGGGAAGACGACGACAACGGCAUGGGAGGCAUGGACGGUAUGGGUGGCAUGCAACACAUGGACCUCUCAGAGCUCUUUGCUCAAUUCCACGGGUUCUCUGGCCACAGUCAUUCUUCACGAGGGGGAUUCCCAUUCUAGAGAAUGAUUGCCCGCCAGAUCCGAACCAAUGCCGUCGACCUUUCCGACGCUGUAGCCUUGAAGGAGGUGUGCACGUUUAGAGAUGAUAUUUCUAGAAUAUGAGAGUACCGCUUUUCCUCUCUGCCUCUCGUCUUUUCAACGCUGUUAUUCCUUGUUGCAUAUAUCGUACUCAUAUUGUUGUUCUCAUAUGUGCGGUUAUUUUGUUCUUGUUCUCUCCCAUCUUCUUGACGGUAGCAUACUCAUCCAUACCUCAGUAUCUAUUCGCAAUUUCUAUGCUUCAUGUGCUCUAAAUCAGAAUUGUACAUCCAUCUAUCAAGAAUUUACAAGAGUUGUCAACCUUCGAA